UCCCUUCCCUUCCCUUCCCUCCUACAGUAGAAUGGAAAAAAAUACUUUUCCUGAGUUUAAAGUUGAUGAACUUCUAGCUUUCCUGCAGAAUGGCGUAUUGGAUGGGCCAGACGCAAAGAACAUUGUCAAAAGUGAUAUUUUUCCGAACCCUAAGCCAGAUUUCAUUCAGAGACUGUACAUGAGAAUACUGCAAAUUGUGUUUGGCUUCAGGCCAGAUAGCAACUACAUGUUGCCGGUAAAUGAACACAUACAGUACCCGAUGCUUUUGGAAUGCUUUCUACCUGUUUGCAACAUCUACCUUCGCAUGAGUCAGUUUCUGCCACUUUGCUUGGUUCAUGACUUUCAGAUGAGUGACCUUCUCAAUCCAAAAAUCUGCUGGAGAAGAGUCGCAGUAUGUUGUGAAAGGAAUAAAGGAAGCAGAAUUGAAGAUUGUCAGACUCGCAACCACUCCACCAGAACAGCAAGCAGAGUUCAAUAAGUUGUCUUCAGAAGUUUUAGAUCUUCAGCAUGCAAUGAGUGAAGAAUCUCAGAGGGUGAGUGCUAUCAAUGAACAAAUUGCACAGUGGAAAUGUGAACAUUCGGAGAUGACCCAAAUGUUGAGCAAGAAAAAAGUGGAUUUGGCUACUUUGAAGGAAGAUCAUAUUAAACUGGAAUCUCUGAUUGCGAAAUCCCCAGAAGAGCUCAGGAAUGAAAAGGAAAAGCUGAAGGAGACUGUGAAGAAGAUCAAGCAGUCUAUUGACAGUAAAAAUAUGGCGUUGGUGGAACAUCAAAACAAAAACCAGACUUCAAGCCUGUGUCGUGGAACAUUUGAGUCUUUUUACAAACUUUUGGAAGAUAUAGAAGGUUUAGUGGAGAAAAUGAACGCCUUGCAAUCCGAGAUCCGAGAUCUGACUAAUCUCAUUGAGAGACAGAGGAAGGAUCUGAGGAAUAUGAGCACCGACGAGACUCAGUGCAAACGAGCCAUGGGCAUGAAGAUGGACAAAAAGACCAAGCUGCAGAUCAGAAGGCAGAAGAAGCAAGAAGUGAAGGAUCAACAAGUUCAAAUAGUCUUCAGUGAGUGUAACCAGGUUCAGGAGAAAAGAGAGGAUAUCCUGAAGCAAAUGAAACAGCUUGAUUGUGAAACUCAGCAAAUUAGGGCAAAAAUACAACUAUUAACUGAGACCUGCACAUAUGAGACGGAAAAAGCCCAAGCGAUGCAUGACGUUCUGGUGGCAGUGGUGAAUCAAUACCAUGAGCGUCUGGCAAGACUUGCAGAAAAUGGCACAGAAAUUGAAUGAGCCUUUUUGAGUAUGUGAAGUGUGUGGUUUCCUCCAUAUUUCUAAAUGAUCAAUAAAUAAUUUUUUUCCACAGCAGCUUGGUAUUUUGUUAAAUUUUUUUAAACGGAUACUCCGUUAAGAUACGGUGUGUUAACAAUAGUGAAACAUGACGGUAUCAUUUAAAAAUGUCUUUAUCUUGAACUACAGAAAG